GCAUCAGGAAGUUAGUGAUAUAACCAAGAACAAUGACUUUACCAAGACUCAUUUCAAUUCUUCUAACAAGCAAAUAAGUUUGAUCAUCAGCAGCCAUGAAUCAAAAUGACCGUUUUCUCAUUGAUCGAUCAUUUGAAUUCGAUCCAUUGGCGCCAGAAAAGUUAUGAAUCAACCUAAAGUUUCUCAAUAUAUUAGAGCCAGAAAAAGAGACAACCUGAAUUCCAGUAUUCAUAAAGGAGAAGUUGACUAUGAAUCUGCCGUAAAAUCUAGGAUACAGCAAAAUCAAGAAUUGCUCAUGUCACUGGGAUUUGAUAAGCCUAUCUGUGAUCAACUUUACGAUGUCCACAGGCGGAAUCAUAAAAGGAACUACAAUGCAAAGAGAACAAAGGAUAUGAAAGUCUCCAUUCCCAGUAGGAAGUCGAAGAGACUCGCUGGAGAAGUCCCAACAGAGGAUAUCGAGACCUUAAUGGUAGAGAGAGGUUUGAAAGGUGACACGGGAUAUUCGGAAAAGAUGCAAGAUAAUGAAGAAUUUCAGCAUUCUUCUACCGUAGAUUCUUAUCUUCCUGACAGUAUUUGUACUCCCUACACAUUAAAAUCUAUCAAGACGACAGUCUACCAUUUAGGAAAGCAUGUUGAAAUUGAAGAAGAAUUAGCAUUUCAAUUUUUAAGUCAUGAUAGUUGCAAGUUUAAACAUCCGUACCCUGUCGGAUACAGAGCUACGAAAAGAGAGUUUGGUAGGGUAUGGCUGAUGGGUAUAGAAAGACAAGACAAUGCAAGCCCCAUAUUCUUCAUUCAACCUCUUGAAGAGUAUCAAGAAGAGGAACUUUUACAAGGAAAACAAAUCCCUAUGAGCGGAAAGGCUUAUACUGGCUAUGCUCCUACGUGGCCUUGGACUCAGGCAUGUUUAAAGUCCAAGUCUCCGGGAAGAAGAAUAAGUGGACCCCUUUACUUUGGAUUUUCAGAUCCCCUGAACAUUUGCAAGGUAAUGAGCCUUGAAGGAGGCCACGAACUGCUAUCUAGAUAUCAAGAACACUUGGCUAGAGAAACUUGUAAAAGGACCCAACGACCCAAGUCAACUGAUGAUCCACCUCGGAAUACGGAAGAAUAGUCACACACAACUUUUGAAAAUUUUCGAUUCUUCACAAACUGCUAACCCUGUCGUUCAACAAUAAACUUCUGUUCAAGAAG